UCUUUGUAGCUUCGUCCACCAUUUUGUUUAUGCGCCUUUUCGGUUCAUGAUCAGCGGUAGAAAUUUUUGCUAUGUAACAAAUCACUGGUAACAAACGUAAAAUGUUCAUUUCUGCAUAAAUGUUUUCGUAAAACUCUAAUUGAAAGAAGAAAUGAAUUAGAAAUAGUAAUUUCUUUUAUUAUCUAAAAGGUAAAAAUGAUAUGUAUAAUCCUUGUGGCUGGCCAUGGAACAAAAUUGGAGAAUGAAAUUAAGAAUGAUCCCUCUGGAAAAUUUAAUCACCUUCAAGGAGUACCAAAAGCAUUGUUACCUGGUGUAGGGGGAAAGAAGAUUCUUGAUUUCUGGUGGGAUGCUAUAAAUGUACGUCAGUAUUUUUCAGCUGUUUACUUGGUCACUAAUGCAGACAAAUACAAGCAUUAUGAACGGUGGGCAACUGCACAUGAUUUUCCCAUGGAAAACAUUGUCAAUGAUGGAUCAACUACUUUCCAAUCUAGGCUUGGAUCUGUAGCAGAUUUUGAACUGGUACUGCGUAAUAAAAACAUCAACAGUGAUGUCCUAGUGGUGGCUGGCGACAUGUUGUUUCAGGAUCAAAAAUUUGACAUAUGUCAAGUAAUUAACUAUUUCAAGACAAAGAAAGGUGAACUAGCUAUUUAUUAUGAAAUGGAUGAAAGCGAAUCCACCCGAACAAGAGGAAUCAUUGAAGUUUGCCCAACUUCAAACAGGAUUGUAAAGUUUCUUGAAAAACCAGAACCGCAUGAAACAAAAUCAAGGUUAGCAAGCGUGGUUUUUUAUUGUCUUCGCAAGGACAUAUUAUACACCGUCGAAGAGUUUCUAAAAAAUAAUCAAAAACCCGAGGAAAGGGUAUUUGGCAGAUAUAUGGAAUGGCUUGUCAAGAAGACACCAGUAUUUGGAAUGAAAUUACCAACGGGUUUUCAGUUAAUAGGGAAAGUGGGUCUUUCCGACUACCAAAGAUGGGUGGCCUAUUUUGCGAAUAUGCGAUCUCAGCUUGUAAGACAUUCCUUCACGUCACGUGUGUACGCCAGAGUCGGUCUUGUGGGCAAUCCAUCUGAUGGUUUCUAUGGUAAAACUAUCGCAUUGUCUAUAUCAAAUUUCUGGGCAGAAGUAUCAAUUUCGGAAAGCGAAAAACUGGUUCUUGUUCCUCAUCCGUUGAACGAUCCAACAGAAUUUGGAAGUUUAGGUGAUCUUCAUGGAAUCAGUAGAAAAGAAGGGUAUUUUGGAGGAUUGCGAUUGUUACAAGCAACUUGCAAGAAAUUUUAUCAAUUCUGCUCAGAUCAUGGAAUAGCACUUGCUAAGAGAAACUUUACACUCAGCUAUGAUACAAACAUUCCUAGGCAAGUGGGUUUGGCUGGAAGCAGUGCGAUUGUUACUGCAACCUUAAGAUGCCUUAUGGAUUUUUUCAAUCUAAAUGAUUUGGAUCUUGAAAAGCCAAUUCAACCUCAAUUUAUAUUGAAUGUGGAAAAAGAUGAAUUGUUCAUUAAUGCUGGAUUGCAAGAUAGAGUCAUUCAGGUGUACGAAGGUCUUGUGUACAUGGAUUUUGAUAAGGAAAUUAUUAAAAAGCAAGGAUAUGGCAACUAUGUAAAUCUACCUGUUGACGUUAUUCCAAAGCUAUGGCUUGCGUAUGUUACUGACCCAAGUGACUCAGGAAAAAUUCAUAGCAAUGUGAGACAAAAGUGGGAGCAAGGUGAUGAAGAAGUUAUAGCUGCGAUGAAAACAUUUAGUGAAUAUACUGACAAAGCAAGAGUUGCUCUUGAGAAUCACGAUAUGUCAAGUUUAGCCCAAAUAAUGAACAGUAACUUCAAUUUGAGAAGAAAAAUCUACGGUGAUGCUGCAUUGGGGGAUUCAAACUUACAAAUGGUUGAACUUGCCCGUAAGUAUGGAUCAGCAGCAAAGUUUCCAGGAAGUGGUGGAGCAGUGAUUGGUUUAUGCCUUGAUGAGACUCACAAGGAUGAUCUCAAAAAAGCAUUUCAAGGAGAAGGAUUUGUGUUUUGUGACAUUAUUCCAUAUCUUGGAGAAAAAAUACAUUAGAUGCAAUGUUGAUGAUAAUAUUGAAAAUGAAGGUCAUGUGAAAACAAGAUGAAAUAGGCUACAUUUUAUAAUGCCCCAGAUUUAAAUAUGUUUUUAGAAUCUGACUUCCUCUGGUAGAAAUGGUUUGAUUCAGGAUAUGUGCAUGAUAAAUGAGUUAGCCUGUCAGAUACUAACAACUUCCUGACUUAUAAUUUAAAAGCCUUUAAAAGGUACUGAAUACCCAACAUUCAUAGGAAAUUGUUACUAUGGCAAAUUUUAGUUUGCAUCAGACAUCUAGUACUCUUGACAACCAUUGAAACAAUUAGCAAUAUCACCAAUAUCACCAUAAUUAACAAUACAUAUACAAGUAUUGAUUAUUGCAUAAAUUAAUAGUUCUUGGCAUUACAUUUUUAUUUUUAUAAAUAUAUUCAAAUUUGUUGUCUAGAGAAAUCAUAUUAUGACAAAAAUUGAGAGAAAUGUACAAUUCGAUGUAAUUACAGAUAAAUAUGAUCUCGCGAUAACAAUCUAUUUAGCAGUAGAGUACUCUUCGUAAAAGACAAACUAUUUCAAUACAAAUACGUACGAUACGUAAUCUUUGACUAAUUGGUGUACAAUAUAAAAGACAUGAAAACCAAAGCCGUUCAAACCAAGAUCCCAUACAGUUCAGACGUAAUAAAAAUACAAUUAAUUCAUUGGCUCA